AUGGAUAUUGAAGAAGUCAUAUUCAAGACCCCAAAAUCUUCUAUUGAUCAUGUAUUGGGGAGGAUUGGCUUCGGAAAAUACCAAAUUUUGGUGCUUUGUAUUGUUGGAUCAUUUUUAUUGACAGAUGGAGGAGAAUUGCUUGUGAUAACACUCAUGGCAAGUGUUUUACAAAGAGAAUGAGGGCUUUCAGACACUGAUGUAGAGGUGAUGGGAAGCUUGCUAUUCUGUGGAGGCAUGAUAGGGACCUUGCUGGCUGGUCCGUUAGGAGAUCACUUCGGUAGAAAAAUUAGUUUAAGAGUUGGAGUCACUUGCUUUACUGCUUUAUCACUUUCUUCAGCUUUCAUGCCAAAUUUCUGGAGCUUCGUGGCUGCCAGAAUGUGCUUGGGCAUUUGCCUUGGUGGUAUCGUGCCAAUUGCUACAACACUUCUUACUUCUUUCCAAUAAUUUAAAUUAGUUUUUAGCAUAUUAAACAUUUUUAAACGAUUUUAUUUUAAUUAUUUUUAACCGAAAAUAAUUUUUUUUUGAAAUUUUAAUUAUGAGAGUUAUUGAAACAGGAACGGAAACUUCAAGAGGACUAACAGCUUUAUCAGGGCAGCUACUCUACCAAGUUGGAGUAGCCUAUGUCGUUGUUUUAGCUGUAUUUUUGAUACCAGAUCUAAAGCCAGUCCAUUGGCGCGAACUUUUAUUAAUUUCUAGCAUCCCAGCCUACAUCAGUUCAAUCAUGGUCUGGUUUUUUAUCGAUGAAAGUCCUAGAUUUUUAUCCCUAAAACUCAGAAAUAAAGAAGCAGUUGACGUGCUUAACAGAGUCGCGAGAGUCAACAAAUCUCACCUUUUAGGCCCAGAAGAAGAAGAGAGCAUUUCUCACAUUGAACAAUCCCCAGAAACUCAUUUUUCUGACCGAAUAAAGAAGAUUUUCAGCGGCGCUUAUUUAAGAGUUACCAUACAAUGCUUUUUCUUAUGGUGGUCUGUCGGUUUUCUCUAUUUCGGAGUUGUGUUUAUCCUACCCCGUACCCUUCAAAGUGAAGCCUCUGAUUCUGAGGUCCUUCCUCAGCUUGCAAUUAUGAACUGUAUUGAAGCUCCAGCAGGGAUUCUUCCAAUGUUCAUUAUUGAACAUAAAAGUUUUGGGAGGAAAAAUUCAAUUAUAUUGACUAGUCUGUUUCAAUUUAUUACAGCCAUUAUAUGUUCUCUUCCAAUGGAUGAAGCAUUGUGGGCGGUGUUUGUAACUCUAUUCCAGUUCUGGGGCAUGGUGAUCGGAGAUAUCAUUUGCCCUUAUACAAGUGAAUUGUAUGAAACAAGCAUCAGGACUACAGGAUAUUCCCUAUGCUUUACGUUCACUAAACUGGCUGCCGUUUCAUCACCUUUUAUACUUUUAAGGCUGCAUGAGUCAAAUCCAAUGUACCCUUACUACGCAUUUUCAGUUGUAGGGGCUUUGAGCUUUAUUAAUUGUGCACUUCUACAAAAAGACUCCAAAGGCAAGGUGCUGGACACUAUUGUAGUUGCGGUGAAUUAG